UGCUGCGGAAGAGAGAUGUGAAGGAGAUGGCAGAAGUUAGAUAGUGGUGUUUUAGCGACUAUUUUUUGACGAUGGAGCUCUGCCGAAAGAGAGGGGGCAGCGGGACGGGUCUGUUUGUCUUUACGGUGGCUGUGGGGUGGUGUUUGGGCUCGGCCUGGUCUUUUGGACCGAGCCAAGACAGCGAGUUCACGUUUCUGUUGCCAGCCGGAACAUCCGACUGCUUCUUCCAGACAGCAGCCAGGAAUGGCACGAUGGAGGUCGAAUAUCAGGUGAUAGCAGGGGCGGGUAUGGAUGUUGACUUCACCAUUAUUUCACCUCAAGGCUACCAGCUCAUCGCUGAGUCUCGGCGCUCUGACGGAGUCCACAUGGUGGAGUCUACAGAAGAGGGAGACUAUCAAAUCUGCUUUGACAACAGCUUCAGUCGCUUCUCCGAGAAGAUGGUGUUCUUUGAGGUCAUCAUUGAGGGACAAGGAGGAGAUGUUGGGGGGGAUGAGGAGUGGAUGGGGUUAGAGGAGCCUGAAGGCAGUCUCCUGGAGUACAAGCUGGAAGACAUCCGGGAGUCGAUGGACUCGGUGCACCGGCGCUUGGAACGCAGCCGACAGAUGCAGACGGUACUGCGGGCCUUUGAGACACGGGACAGGAACCUUCUGGAAGACAACCUGUGGCGGGUUUCAUUCUGGUCCUGUGCCAGUGUACUGGUCAUGCUGUGUGUGGCGCUCACCCAGGUGUACACUGUCCGCAAGCUGUUUGAUGAUAAGAGGAGAGUCUGCACAUAGAGCGGCAUUACAAGACACGCUGGAAAAGGAAAGAACAACUCAACACAAAGAUUUCCGUCUGGUUACCCACUGAGAUUAUGCAUCUCGAUACGAUUUCUCACUUAGCCUACGUGUAAGCCAUGGGUCUCCAUCAGCAAUGUACCUUUCCUGAGAGGACAUUAUUGGAUCUUUUUUUAAACCUGCACUAUGCCAUUUCCAGUUAACAAAACUGAAACUAAUUUGUGGUUUGUGGUGACGUUUUGAGAUGGAAUGAUAUUAACUAAUAUCAGCCUUGCUGGGGACUAGCCAUGUUACUGUUCCUAGCCCUCCUCCUCCUCCUCCUCAAAGUUUGUUGCCAGAAUCCGUGCCAGAUUCAAGCGCUCUACCCCUCCUGUUCCUGAAAAUUCACAAUGAAGGGAUCCAUGAUGUGAUUGAGCACAACAACCUACAGAAGUGCUGGCAGUCAACUGAACAUGCCACCUUCUGAAUGAAAAAGAGAGUGCAAUAAGAAACCUAACAAACAUAACAUUGUUUGCUUUGCUUAACUAUCAGCCUGUUGACACAGAGCUCUGUAAAGUUUGUCCUCCGUCCUGCUGUGGUGUUCAUUAUCGGCGGGAGGGAGGGAGGGAGGUAGGGGAGUUGCUUUUCAAAGAGUUCACAUUGAAGUUGUUGCUGCUCUCAUCAGCAUCUAGUGAUCAGAUAAAAUUACGUAGUGCACGGUAACGCUGUCCAAUUUUGUUUUUGGUGGGUGUUAAUAAAUGUUUGUCUGCAGUCGUGGAUUAGAGGUAGAUCAUAGUGGGUAGCAAGAUAAUCCAACAGCUCAUUUUAUUCAGUGCCUUUAAAGUCAGGAUCAAGCUCGAACAUAAAUGAGGGUGCUGCCCCCAAAUAUUGAACAACAAUUUUUUUUAUAGUGCAUCUUGUGUCCUACACUCCUUAAACUUGUUUACCGGUGAGUUGUAUUUGCAGUUUUUUCAUCACAAAAGAUGGAAGGUCAUUUUUGUGCCACGGGUCAAAAAUAUCAUCGAGCAACCCUGUGUUUACUGCUUGAAUUCACAACUUUGAAUCAAAACUAACUUCAGUUUACCAGUUUACUCGGGAUAGCUGAAUGUGCAAUAGUGUUCUUGGCCUGUUUGCUCUUCCUGACAGUGUGCAGUCUUUCAUCACAACUGUGACCUUUUUUUUUCUUUCCUUUUUUUAUUCCCUUAGUUGCAGCCUUAUUUUUUUUAUUUUUAUUUUAGUUUAUUUUUGGUGUUUGGUGUGACUGAUCUCAUGUGCCAGCAAGACUAUGUGCUAAUCUGUAGACAAAGGAACAAUCUAAAUAUUUAGGAGGAUUGUGUGCCAGUAGUCUUGGAGACUCAUUCAGUAUAUCAAGUAUGUCAAACAAGAUAUCUGUCAGCAGAAUCAAGUGUGAUCAUAUGGAUUGUACGAUGUGUUUGUGUGCGGUGUGUUUAUGUUUCAUUUUGUCCUGGAGGCAAUCAAAUGGUUUUCUGAUGAAUGUUUAAUGUGUCGUUUGAAUUUGACAUUUUGAUUGUACUCCGUUGUGUUGACUUUUACCAAGAAGAGACAUUCAUUACAUUCUGUACAUAAUCAUUAAGUAUCAGGUUUUCAUAGGAGCCAGUGCUUUUAAUAAAUCCAUUUUUACACAAUAAAGGUUUAGUUGCA